UCGGGUAGCGACACGCGCGCCGUGCGGACUUGUCUGGCAACAGUUGGAGGUCGGCCAAUUCACUCAAGACAAACUUUACAGACAGAUUUAACAACGAUAAUCUUUUUUUUAUUCACGCACAGUUGUCUUGUUAGUGUAUGAAUUAUGACUGACAUUUGAGAAGCCUUUUGAAGAUAUGAGCGUGCAAGUUAAUAGUGUAAUGGAAGAUUGUAUGAGCCUUGAACUGAAUCCCGAGUCUGACAUUGACGAAGAUGUUGAGCAGCUAAAGUUCAAAUGGACUGUCCAAGAGGAUGAAAUUCUUGCAUCCCUUGUGGGAAGAUUUGGAAAAGAUGACUGGGAACUGAUAGCAGGCUUCCUACCUGGGCGAACUGCACAGAACUGUAAAUACCGGUUCACAGUUGUAGUAGACCCUGAGCUCAAUAAGGGAAGUUGGACCAGAGAAGAAGAUGAAAAGCUUAUUAAAUUGGUGUCUCUGUAUGGUGACAAGAAUUGGAGCACAAUUGCAAAACACUUAAAAAGUCGAAGGGGUAAACAAUGCAGAGAGCGCUGGCAUAAUCAUCUUGACCCCUCUGUGAUUAAGACCCCCUGGACAAAAGAGGAAGAUCUUAUAAUCAUCAAAUGUCAUUGUAUUUUGGGACCUCGUUGGGCUCAAAUUGCAAAGUUUCUCCCUGGAAGGACUGAUAAUUCCAUUAAGAACCAUUGGUAUGCAACCUUGAAGCGUAAAAUGGACAAGGGCAUCUUUAAGAUAGAAGAGGUUGGCUUGAGUAAUCUUGGACUCUACCCACAACUAAAACAAACAAGUACUUCCACAAGUCAAAACAAGUCAAAGAGCAAAGAACAACAAUUGCCCAUGAUAAACCAAAUGAGGAAGGCUUCAGGAAAAGACACGAGAGCCAACGGUCCUUCCUUCUACCCACAUUCCAUUUCACCGUCCAGCUCCAAUAGUCAUUCUACUCUGCAAGCACAACAUGAAGCAUUUGUAGAUGCUAUGUUGCGUAUGAUUGCUGAGGAUAUGCUACCCCUAAAUAUUUCUGAAGGUUCUGGCUUUCGUAAAUUAAUGACUUUAAUCGGACCUCAAUACCCGCAACUCUCACAGCGCACUGUAGGUUUGCAGCUGUAUAACGAAGUGGAGAAAGCUCUAAAGCCACAGAUAAUUCAGCAUCUUAAGAACUGUGUAUCUUUGAGUGGGGGGCAGAAUGUUGUUCACCUCACUGCAGAUGUAUGGGCCAGUGAAUAUGCAGAGCCACUUCUUGUUGUUCAGGUGCAUUUUCUUGAUGAUGAUUGGAACAUUCAUAGGCCUACUGUAGCCUUUCGCCAUUUGCAGUGUAAAAAGCUUAUGGCCAAUAUUGGAGGUGAACUUGAGUCAGUUCUCUUAAGCUAUGGGGUGUUCUCCCAUAACAUUGGUUACAGUAUUAUCCAUGAAGCCAAGAACACCAUUGCUACACAUGAUGUUUUCUGUGACUAUAAGAGUAUGUGUUCUGAACAGAGUGAUUUGAAUGAAGAUGAAGUAUUGGAUUUUCUUGAUGAUCAAGUUGCGAUAGAUGAUCUCUCUCUGGUUGAAAUUUCCUCUAGCAAACGUCUGGACUGUAUCACGACCCUGCUGCAUUGUGUAAUUAAAGAGGCACUAAAGAAAUCCAGCGCUGUUGAGCGCAUACUCUUUGAGCUACAAAGUGUGGUGUCAUUUUUUCGGCGCAGCGACUACUGGAAUGAGGUUCUGAAAAAGUGCAGUCUCUCACUAACUAAUGCUUACAGCUCAAGCAGCAUCACCUGGAAUUCAACGAUUAUCAUUGUCCGUGAAAUGAUGCAGGAGUCAGUUUGGCCAUUGGUGAUGAGCCUGCUGAAUCGGGCUCGCACAGGGGCAAAAGACUGCUCCAUUUGUCCACCAGUGGUACAAGUUACUCGUGAGCAAGUAGUGGACUUUGUUGGCUUACUAGAGCCUUUUGAAGAGGCUGUCCAGGUACUUCAGGAAGAUGAUAUCACUUUGUCCCUCAUCAUUCCAUCUAUCAUUGGACUUGAUAAAACUCUUGAGACCAAGAGCACAAAGUUGAGCUAUUUUUGCUCAGCCCUCCGUUCUGGUCUUCGCGCUUACUUCCAACCUUUGAUUUUUCAAAACGAUUUGAUAGUAGCCACCAUGCUGGACCCACGAAUCAAGCUCCAACCCUUCAGCUUCGGAAAGGAAAAAUUCAGCAGCACCACACUGUUUACUCCUUCCAAAAUUCGUGCCUGUUCAGUUGUAGAAUCUGCAUUGAGUAAAACUGAAACAUUUACCUUAGCAGAGACGAGCUGUGUUAAAGCAGAUGAUAAUGAUGUGCUGCCAAAUAAAAAGCCAAAGAAAGAGUCUGAGCUAGAUCUCUACCUAUCUGAGCCCUUGUUGAAGGGAGAUGCUUGCAUCCAGGUGUUUUGGAGGGAAGCCACCCGUUUCCCCCAGCUACAAAGCAUUUGUCGCAAACUGUUGGCUGUCCCAGCAUCUUCAGGAGGAUUGAAAAGACUGUUUCCUUUAGCGUACUGUGUUGUACGGGCUCAAAGAAGCAGACUGACGCAACACACGACAGAACGACUUCUACUUUACAGAGAGUAUCUGAAAAAGUGCACUGUGGAGUAAACUCUUGUGCAAGUCAGUUUGUGUGUGCAUGUGAAAUUGUUUUGUUGUUGUUUUUUUCUUUCAAAAUUGAGAAUGACAUAAGUCUUUCAGUUUAAUAAACGCAACUAAAGGGAAA